AUGGCGGACAUGGUCCUGGUGCGUGCUCGGGGCAGAUGGGUCCCGGCGGUGGCGCAGGGGCCACUGGAGCAUCGACGGCGCGACGACGACCACCACCACGACCGCCAACUCGCAUCCGAAGUCCGCGACCCCUUCCCCUUCCCCGGCGUUCACCGAAAAGGUGGCAGAAGUGUCCAGGAGUUCGGCGCGGAUGCAGUGGUGGUUGAACGGAACCCCGAUGUCGAUGGCGUGGUGGAGAAUCAAGAAGAGGUGAUCGACGACGAGAAUCGCUGGAGGCGUGCACGCAGGCAACCGCUCCAUGGAACCGACGGUUCACAAGAUAGAGAGAGAAGGGAGCGUGAGCAGUUUCCGCUCUGGGAGCGUGAGCAGUUUCCGCUCAAUCCCUUUGCAGUUGUAACAGUUCCUUCGUCCGCCCCGCGGUCCAUCUCAUCAUCCGCGCAGCGUCCACGACGGCACUUGCCAUUCGGAAAGCGCAGCUAG